GAUGGGAUGACGCCGACGCUCUGGGCCGCGCACCACGGCAACCUGGACGCGCUCAGACUGCUGGUGGCACGAGGAGGAGAUCCAGAUAAAUGUGAUAUUUGGGGAAACACUCCUCUUCACUUGGCAGCAGCUAAUGGCCACCUCAAUUGUCUGUCCUUUCUGGUGUCAUUUGGCGCCAAUGUGUGGUGCUUGGACAAUGACUACCACACGCCACUGGACAUGGCGGCCUCUAAGAGCCACAUGGACUGUGUGCGAUAUCUGGACACUAUCGCCGCCAAGCAGAUCACCAUCAACCCCAAGCUGGUGAGCAAACUGAAGGACCGCGCCUUCCGUAAUGCAGAGAAACGCAUUAAGAACUGUGAAAAGCUUCAGCGCAAGCAUCAUGAACGCAUGGAGAAGCGUUUCUUGAGAGAGAGUGCUGCAAUGGACAUGUCGGAUACGAUGAGUUACAGCAGUUUCAGCAGCACCCUGAGCCGACGGAUCCCUCAGUUCAACACCCUCGACUCCAACAUGACAUACUCACAGGCAACGCUUCAGUCCACAACAAGAGGCCGGACCAAGAUUCAGCGGCGUCUUGAGAAGAAAAAAGCAAGGAGACGGAACAUUCAAAGAUUCGCUGAAGACGGGCGAAGGAGCGUUCGUUCGCUCUCUGGUCUUCAGCUGGGCAAUGACGUCAUGUUCUUGAAGCAGGGAACGUACGUCGACCGACGCCAGCAGUCCAGCCCUCGGCUUAACAUCCGCAACAUGUUUUCUGGUAAACAGGACAUCAGACCAGACGAUGAUGAUGACGAUGAUGAGGUAGACACUGUUUCAAGGGCACUCAGUGAUCCGGGUCUGUAUGACGCUGCAUACUCGGAAAUAAGUACAGACUCGGGUAGAGACUCUUUGUUCAACCGCCCAGGACUCGGUACUAUGAUAUUCCGUCGGAAUUAUGUGUCUGAUGGGCUGUUCCGAAUGGGACAGAAUGAGGGCAGCGUAGUAGGGAGUGAACCAGUGGGACGGGUCCCGAAUGUCCGCUUACGGGGGAGAUUGCCGCUCCGAUCACCCAGUCUUGAUGAAGUCAGCAUUGGCAGCUCAUUGAGUCUCCAAGAGAAGAACUUGCAGGAUUUGCCAUGGGAGGAAGGAGACCUGGGCUUGGAGGAGGAGGAGGAUGACGAGCUUCAGCCAUCUUCGGCUCCUUUAGAAGUGUUCCUGGCAUCUCAAGGACUGAGUGACUUCCUCUCCAUCUUCCAUCGAGAGCAGAUGGACCUGGAGGCGUUGCUGUUGUGCUCUGAGCAGGGACCUCAUUAG